GUUCUUCAACGUUGGGGCAAGAACUGGUGCGUGAGUCAUGCAGUUUUCAUCAAAAUAGUCCACCUCUCACGACAGCUUUUAUUACCCAAAACCGUAUGGAGCUUGACGACAGCGAAGCUGUCUGCUUUUGUGGAACACAUUUUCCUUAACCUUUCGCAAUCGAUUUUUGGUUUCCAUUUUGCCGUCUUCACUCAAUUUUUAUACCUCUCUCUGCCGAUGGAAUUCUCUACGCGGCCCGGCAAACAUUGCAAUACAUGUUUACCAUUUCUCUUCUUCAAAAUAGCUCCAAAUCAAAUUACACGAUUCUUGGACUCCAACGGUGGUCCCGGCAUUCAACACAUCGGUCUCAGUGUGAGCAACAUCUUUGAUGCGGUUCGUGUUGGCCGUGCCGGUGGAGCGCAGUUUCUCGAUCCACCAAAGACUUAUUAUGAUGAAGUAGGUUUCUGUUCAUCUGAUGAAUGUAUUGUUUUUCCAAAAAGAGAACUACCUGGACAUGGAAUAAGCCAGUUUUUUUCUUUAUUUGUUCUUUUCCCCAAAAUUGCUCUCACUUUU